AUGCCCGUCGGUGUCUCACGUCGGCUCUGCUACGAUGGCACGCCGCUGAAGCUCGUCGGCAUGAUCGCCUCGUCUUCCCUCCCGCCGGUGGUGUCGCCUGCAACACGUCGCACCGCACCCGUCCUGGAGCAACCGGCGAUCGCCCCUCUGUCUCUGUUCUAUACUUCCCACGUUCCCUGCAAAUUCUUCCGGCAAGGAGCCUGUCAAGCCGGCAAUGCCUGCCCCUUCAGUCACGAUCUAGGCUCGGCCGCCGAGAACAUCUGCAAGUACUUUGCAAAGGGCAACUGCAAGUUCGGUCCUAAAUGCGCAAACAUUCACGUUCUCCCCGACGGCCGGCGAAUCAACUAUGGCAAGAAUGGUGUCACGAUUGGAAAUUCUCCGAUAGCCCUCGGCGGACGAAUUAAUCCCACAGCAGCCUCCAACUACCACCCAACCAGUGCUCUCACCUCUGGCUUAUACCGCGAAGGCGUCCCUCCCUAUACAUCGGCGUACCCUUACGGCGGUGACGAGAGACAACAAUCACUGGGUCGCCAACCUAGCCUCGAAAGCGGCCUGCCUACGAUCGAUACCACCUAUUCCCACCCCGGUUCCAAUUACGGCUCGCCCCGCGAUGACGAUGCUUCUAGAUUCGGCCUAGGCUUGUCUCCUGUCAAUGCCAACGGACUGUCAGUACUCGACGCGCCGCUCCCCGCAUCCUUCGACUCGCAGGGUAUGUCUAAUGCCGCCCGAUUCCCCGCUGCGCCGUGGCCUUCCUCCGUCCCUUCCAAAUUCGGCAUCGAGUCCCCCUCGCCCUCUCUGAGCAACGCCAAAGAUUCCCGAACUUCCGAAACUCUCAAGAUGCUUCACACCUCGGCAUUUGGUGGCAGUGAGUAUCUUGCUGCGGCAAACGUCACCGCUUCCAGCAGCCCUCCCGGUCAGCCCGAGGAAUACUUUGGCAAGCGCGCCAUGCAUUCGAGCCGAUACGCAAAGCCAAAGAUGCUCAGCUCGAGCAUGCCCAAGACAUCCGCCGUCGAUCACGAUUGGGAGGCUAAUUUUGGGUUCUUGGAAGAGGAUUGUGUGCCGUCCAACUUGCAGGAUCUCUUGACGCCGACUGAGAAGGCCCGUCGCGGCUCUUUGCGCACUGUUGACGGUGAGCCGGGCAGCGAGAAUGGCACCAAGUUUGGCAGCCCCAUCGGCGGCGCGAGCCCGAGCAGGUGGGGCCCGCUGUUCCAGCGCCAGAAGGAAGAAGAGCUUGGCCACAAGCAUGGACCGUCGGUUUUUGGACAUGUUGGAAGCCCUCUCCGAAACUCGGUGCUCUCGAACGAGAUGGGUCACGGCGGUGCCAUGGCCCGACCAAUUGGCUCCCGUGCCGGCAGCGAGACCAUGUCGGCACUCACACAGCAGCUUCAGCGCACACGGCUGGGUGACGACGGAAGCAGCAGCCCCCACCUGCAUCCUUUGGCGGCAACGGGCCGAGCCCCGAGCAACAACGGUGCUGGGCCCAUUGGCAAGGAACGGGACCGCGCGAUGGAGCGUCAUGUCUCGAGCGGCUCCAUCAGCUCCUCCGUGACGGGACGAUACACGACGCCCAUCGACGAGGAGGAUCCUGCCUUCGUGUUCAACAUGGAGGAAGAGGAAGAUCAGUCGUCGGCGCGGCUCCGGAAGCGUGGCUCGGCCGGUUUUGGGAUCGGUGGUGGUGGAUGGAGCUACGCCAACGCUCUGUCCAACAAAGGUGCACCCUCCGGUUCCGGCUUGGCCAAGGAACAGCGAGAGCCAUCGGUCAGCGUUGAAACCGUUGGCGGGCGUUGA